CAUGCGAGUGCUUCCAUUUUUUUCAACGCCUAUACAUACAGCCGAUUAGAUCUCGCCGAUCGCGUCGUUUAGUCUUCUGCUGCAGCAGCAGUACUCAGCACAGCUCCUGAUCGCUCGAGCUCUCGAUCGCGCGAGAUCAGUCAGAUCAGAACGAAGAAGAUGGCGCAGGCCGGGACGCUCGAGGUGCUGCUCGUCGGAGCCAAGGGGCUCGAGAACACCGACUACCUGUGCAACAUGGAUCCCUACGCGCUUCUGAGAGUCACCUCCAAUGAGCAGAGGAGCUCCGUUGCAGAAGGCAAAGGAAGUGAGCCGGAAUGGAACGAAACCUUUGUGUUCACGACCUCCGAAAAUGCAACCGAGCUCUGCAUCAAGCUCCUGGACGACGACAAUGGCACCAACGACGACGAUGUUGGUGAAGCAAGGAUCCCUUUGGAUGCUGUCUAUACUGAAGGAAGCAUACCACCAACAGUUUACAAUGUUGUCAAAGAUGAAGAGUACUGUGGAGAAAUCAGAAUUGGUCUGAAAUUCACUCCAGAGGAGGCUUAGCAUUUAUUACCCGAGGAAAACUUCGGUGGGUGGAGACAAAUCAUCUUCUUGAGAGGAAGUGGAUGCUUUGUUGAACUUCAGUUAUGUGUGACAAGUCUUCUGCUAGAACA